AUGGAUGCUAUUUUAUUUACUUCACUGAUGGGACCUUGUCAGAUCAAGAUCCACGGCCUACAGUCAUUGCGGAGAUCCGGGCGUCAGAGACCAGAUGAGACUACAGCGUUUUCCGGCUUAUUGGAGUUCCACCGGCCUCCCGUGAUUCGAUUGUCGCCCGUGUCGUUCACUUCACCCGCCAAAGUACCACCACACCACACCCACACCCCCCCCCCCCAUCUAAACUCGGGCCUCAUAUCUCAUAUUUUACUAUCCAAGUUACAGUCAUGUUGCUCUUUGAAUCGUGCAAAAAGGGACGGAACUAACAAAAAGGACAUGUCUUGCAUAGCACAUAACAGAAUCAACAUAAAUCACCUCUUUCCGAGUACUCCUGGCUAUGCCGAAAACAGCCACAUACAGGAACCUAGGAGAAUUGACAGGGGAAAAGGAAUAAAUGAGGAUGAGCAUUGGGAAGCACUGCAGCGCUCAACUAUAGGGCAAGGGAGCACCUGUCCACCGUAG